GCGCGGGUGCCCAGGAGGGUCAAGACUUCGAGCUGCGGCAGCCCCAGGACAAGGUGUCGGUGACGGUGGGGGAGACGUUCACCCUGACCUGCACCAUGUCCGGACCCAGUCCCCCUGGCCCCCUGAAGUGGCUGAAGGGCUGGGGCAGUGAGAACGAGACCAUUUAUGACCAGACGGGCACCUUCCCCCGCGUGACGAGGGCAGUGGUUGGGUCCAACACAGACUUCAGCAUCCACGUCGGGGAUUUUCGUCCCGAGGAUGCCGGCACCUAUUACUGCGUGAAAUUCCGCAAAUCGCUGCUUGGUGGUGAGGUUUUUCGGCGUGGAGGGGGCACAGUGGUGUCCCUGUACGAGCCCACCGUGGUUGCCAGCAUGGUGGCCACAGCCGUAGUUCUCUGCUUCCUCCUCCUCGGCCUCUUGGUCGCCCUUUGGGUGUACAGGAGGAAGCGCAGAGGAAAGACGGAGAGCCAGUGCCUGGCCAGGCCCGGGCAGGGCACCUUCUUGCCCAUCCCUCUGCGGUGCUGUGCAGGGACCCGCAGCAAUGAAAUCCUGGAUGCAGAAACCUCACAUAGGCCCAGCCAGCAAAGCGGCAGGGAGGACAAUGACAUCCACUACGCUGAUCUCCAGCCCCUGCCCACGGCCCUGCGGCACGGCAGGAACCCCGGCACAGCCUGCUCCGAGUACGCCAGCAUCAGGGUCGCUGCCAAGUGA